CACGCUUCACCUAGUUCACGUCGUUCAACGUCGCAUGCCACACACCAUUAUCGCUUCCAUCAACGAUAUAUGAGGUCGUUGUGACCAAAGAUUCGAUCCCUCCUUUUGGUUCUAUCCUCAUCUCACCAGAUCCUGUCCUCGCGGGUUGACAACGUAUCGCCCCCAUCUCCGUCCCGGCGGCUUCCACAACAUCCAGGCAUACUUCAAGUUAGCACCCGAUAUCAACUUUCUCGACUCUAUCUUUCAAUAUCUACGCGAUGUCGAACCCGUUAGACACAGAUGCUGGCUCUGAAUUAUUUAGCAGCUAUGAAGCUGAGCUGAAACUCGUCCAGGCGGACCUCAACCAGAAACUCGACCAGAUCGCUGAGGCUGUAGGAGAAGAAAGGAAGUCGGCCAUAAGACAGGCCGAAAGAGCGCUAGAUGAGGCCAAUGAAUUGCUCGACCAGAUGCGCAUAGAGAAGGAGAACAUCCCGUCCACAACCCGUUCAAAAGUCAACGCACGGUUCCGGAACUUCUUGAGCGACAUCGAUGAAGUAAAAAGAAAGUUAAAGUCCCUUUCCGAUGAUCGUAAAGCCCUCUUCGGUGAUAGAUAUAGAGAUGAACCUAACAGUGUCAAUGAUCAACACCUUGAGCAAAGACAGCAACUCCUAGAAGGGACAGAGCGUUUGGGUCGGAGUUCAGCUCGUCUGCAGGAGAGCCAGAGGAUAGCACUGGAGACGGAAGAUAUUGGUCGAAGUACACUAGCAGACCUUCAUAUUCAGCGCGAGACGAUCGAGCAUACGAGGGCUGGAUUGUUAGAAAGUGAGGGAUAUGUCGAUCGAAGUGUGAAGACGUUGAGGGGGAUGGCACGUAGGAUGGCUACGAAUCGGAUAAUUACUAUUGCAAUUAUCACCGUUCUCAUUCUUCUUAUCGUUGCGGUUGUCUACAGCAAGUUUCAUUGAAUGACUCGAAUAGGUAAUAUACGGCGUUUUAGGUGAUGUUUGAUAUCCGUUUUUGCAGCCAGCAUCACAACCCUUGUAUGAUUUAUUGCUUUGCAUUUUUGGCUUCCGGCAAUCAAAAUGAUUGCCUGCAUGUUGCUUUUUAUAAGAUCGCUUUUUGUAUAAACCAGCCGGGGGUGUCAUAUGUAUAGUCACAUCUAAUAACGCCUCCAAAUAACAUGCCAAUCCUAACA